AUGACCAUGGCAAUGAACCAACCGAACGCGGUGUUCCCACGUUCACAUGUGGGUUUCGAUUCUAUCACCCAACAAAUUGAGAAGAAGUUGUUGAAAAGAGGUUUCCAAUUCAACGUCAUCUGUGUUGGCCAAACCGGACUUGGGAAAUCGACCCUCAUUAACACGAUCUUCGCAAGCCACCUCAUAGAUUCCAAAGGCCGGCUUCGACCCGAUGAACCAACACGUUCCACUACUGAAAUUCAGACCGUGUCGCAUAUCAUCGAAGAGAACGGUGUGAGACUACGGUUGAACAUUGUCGAUACCCCUGGAUAUGGUGAUUUGGUCAACAACGAUCGUUGCUGGGAUCCCAUUGUGAAAUACAUCAAAGACCAGCACUCUGCCUACCUGCGAAAAGAGCUCACUGCCCAGCGAGAGCGCUAUAUCCAAGAUACUCGCAUCCAUUGCUGCCUGUUCUUCAUCCAACCUUCCGGCCAUGCUCUGAAACCAAUUGACAUUGUGGUUUUGAAGAAGCUCUCUGACGUCGUCAACGUGGUUCCCGUCAUCGCUAAGGCUGAUUCCCUCACGCUUGAAGAGCGCAGAGCGUUCAAGGAGCGGAUCAAGGAAGAGUUUGCUUUCCACAACCUGAAGAUGUACCCCUAUGACAACGAAGAGCUGGAUGAUGAGGAAAGAGCCACCAAUGCCACCAUCAAGGACAUUAUCCCUUUUGCAGUUGUCGGCAGCGAGAAGUCAAUCAUUGUUAACGGCAAGCAAGUUCGCGGUCGACAGAACAAAUGGGGAAUCAUCAACGUCGAGGACGAGAACCACUGCGAAUUCGUGUACCUUCGAAACUUCCUGACUCGUACUCACCUGCAAGACCUCAUCGAGACGACCAGCCAGAUCCACUACGAGACCUUCAGAGCGAAGCAACUGUUGGCAUUGAAGGAGAGCAGUGCUGCAAGCGGCAUGGCUGGUAGCAGACCAAUCAGUCCUGCGGCUGACCGAGAAUUGAGCCGGGGCUCGCAGCGCAUGACGAUGAACGGAUAUUAG